AUGGCUGAAGCAGAACCAUUUCUGGCAGAUGGCAAUCAGGAGUUAUUUCCCUGUGAAGUCUGUGGAAGACGCUUUGCAGCAGAUGUUCUGGAAAGGCAUGGACCGAUAUGUAAAAAACUCUUCAACAAAAAACGUAAACCUUUCAACUCCUUGAAGCAAAGAUUACAGGGCACUGACAUUCCUACCAUGAGGAAGGUUCCUCAAUCCAAGUCUCAACCUAUGCGGAAAUCUAACUGGAGACAACAACAUGAAGACUUCAUUAAAGUUAUUCGAUCAGCAAAGCAGUGUAGACUAGCCAUUAGAGACGGCCAACCCCUCCCACCUCCUCCAGCUCCGUCCAUCAACCCAGAUUAUAUUCAAUGCCCAUAUUGUAUGAGGAGGUUUAAUGAAACUGCAGCCCAGCGACAUAUCAAUUUCUGCAAGAAUCAGCCUUCUCGCCGAGUCUUUGAUCCAGCGCAGACAGCAGCCAAAUUGGCAUCCAGAGAUCAGGGUAGGGCUCAGAUGGGUCUGAAAAAAGAACCAACUGUUACUAGUGCCAUGGGAGCUCUACUGCAGAACAGGGCACUGGAGGCCACGAGUGGGGUCCUAGCCAGGUCAGAGUUAGCUAUGGACCCCGCUUCUGGAGCAAAACUCAGACAAGGACUUAGUAAAUCUUCUAAAAAAGAUUAA